AUGCGUUUCCUGCUUGUUUCCCCCGUUCUCAUGGGCAUUGGGUUCAUCACCCCGAUCACAGCACAGCCUACUGCAUCCAAAGUCAUCAUUCCUAAAACAUGCUUCAACUCCCAAUCCGACUUCGACGCCAACUUCAACUACCUCUACCCCUGGGGUAGCGACCACAAUGGCGCUGCUCGCAUGGACAAGGCGCAUGUUGCUCUCUCCGAUAAUACCUUAACGCUUACAGCGCAACCAGUCAAAGGCCAAAAGGACGCCAGUCAUGGCGGUAAAGCCAUCCCCAUCCACUACCUCUCUGGAGCCGUCAAUGCCAAGCAGCACUUCACCGUGUCACCCAAAGGUGGUUUCGAUUUUAGCGGUGACUUCCAAGCCACGACCACGAAAGGGACCUGGCCUGCAUUUUGGCUCACAGCCGUGACUGGGUGGCCACCUGAGGUCGACAUGGCCGAGUGGAAAGGCUCGGGAAAGAUCUCGUUCAACACGUUUAAUACAUCAAGCAGUGUGUUGGCGAAAGAUGUAAACUAUCCUAGUCCAGGGAAUUUCCAUUCUAUUAGGAGUGAGUUGAGGGAUUUGAACGGGAAGGAUGUACAAAUCAAAUUUUAUAUGGAUGGGAGUUUGGUUACCACGCAGGUCGGAAAGGGGUAUGUUGGCCAGGCGAUGUAUUUGGUUAUCAACCUGCAAAUGGAGGGAUCAUCUGGGUCACCGGGGCCUACGACUAUAAAGAAUUUGGAAAUCUUGAGCUACAAUCCAUAG